AUGCCGAACAGAUAUAUUGAGAAAUAUGACCAGGUCCCUGUCACCAAGGAAGACCUUGAGUGGGCCGAGCUUAUCACAUUGGACCUCAGUCAGUAUGAGCAGCCAGGAGGAAAGGAAGAUCUUGUCAAGCAACUUGAUCAUGCCGUUAGGAAUGUGGGAUUUUUCUAUGUGAAGAACUUUAAUAUCAGUCAAGAAGAGAUUGACAACCAGUUCGCUUUAGGGCGGGAGUUCUAUGCCCUGCCACUUGAAGAGAAACUCAAGUUCCACAGCGCCAGUGACCUUGAGAGAGGUGAAUAUAACUCUUACCGUCCGGCUGGGCAGCGGAUCCUAGGAAAUGGCGUCAAAGAUAAUGUCCAGGUGUACAAUAUCCCAAAGUUCGACGGUCACCACGAGCGACCCCAGCCUUUCGUUCUUACUGAGAAUAUCAAGGAGAUUGAAAUCUUCAGUCGGAAAUGCCACACCGAAGUCGUUGAGAAGCUUCUCCGCCUGUUCGCAAUACUGCUUGAAUUACCGGAUGAAGAUCAACUAGUCCGCGACCAUCAGUACGAUGUCAAGGGCGAGGAUCAUCUGCGCUAUAUGCAUUAUGCUGCGCGAAGUGCUGAGGAUAACAAGAAGGUCGGUGAGCUUUACAGCCCCGGCCACACAGAUUUGGGGACCGUCACUCUCCUAUUCCGGCAACCCGUAGCAGCACUUCAAAUCCUCAAUUCAAAGGGUGAAUGGAAGUGGGUGCGGCCCCAAGAUGGAACUAUUACAAUCAACACCUGCGACGCCUUGACGGCGCUCACUGGCGGCUUGAUCAAGUCUAGCAUUCAUCGGGUGCACGCACCACCUGCCGAUCAGGCUCAUAUUGACCGUUUGGGUGUGCUGUACUUUGCUCGCCCCAAUAACCACGUUGUCCUUGAUCCCAUCCGGAAUAGCCCUCUCCUCCAGAGACUUGGCUUAACCACCAACGUAUUCACCGAACUUGGGCAACACCUCACGACCGAGGAGUGGGUUAAAGUUCGGCAAACACAACAGCAGCGAAGAAAUCGGGAUGUCAAGGUUUCCUCCGAGGGAAAGUAUAGCUACAAGCCCAAGGAUCUCGAAAUCAUUCCCGGUCUUCAGGCUACGAUCUAUAAUUAG